GUUGGAUGCAUACCGGAACAUCUUGCACCUGUCAGGAGAUGUCGACCUGCUGCAUCUCUGGGCUUUUCCGAACUCUUCGGCGAAGACCGCAGAUUUGGAGUCAGAUGUAUGGGCAACGCUGUGCAGCCUUGGUGUGCAAAGACCACAUCAUGUCUGCGAUUCUAAGCAGCUUGACAUCAUCGAGCAAAGACUGCUGAAGGAGGGUUCCAUGGUUGUGGACUUUGCCGCCACAGAGGCCAGCGCCGGCAGCCCGUUGUCGGGGUCCGUCAAGGAUUUCCUACAGACGCAUCCAGCCGAAAUGCUGCGCCUAUCAACACUGCUUGAGUCAGAGGACGUCGUCGAGCAGCCAGAGGGAGCUGUGCGGUUUUACCGGACGUUCGUUUCGUUCGUGGACGACUAUGUGACACGUAACCUGAGUUCCGAGAGUGACAUUGGAUCAGCUGAGUGCGACCUGCGCAUAUCUCAGACAUUACAAGACCAAGAAACCGAAUACUAUCGGCAUCUGUAUAAUUUCGAGACUCGGAAGGCGCUUGAUGUCCUGUGGGAGACCAUGACUCUGCUGAGGUCGUCCGUUGAAUCGGGCGCGGCCGGCGGAACCUCGGCGCUCGCCCUCCUGGCGGCCAAGCACCGUCUGCUGGGCCAUCUGGCGCGGCUCGGCGUGACCCUGGACGAUGCGCCAGCGCAGCCGGCGGCGGACGGCAGGAUGUCGGCCAUCGUCGACGCGGCAGCCGCGUUCCGCCACGAGGUCCGCCGGUUCGCCUUGGAGGACAAAGACAAGAGGGCGGAACUGAUGGGAGCGUGCGACGGUCUUCGAAACGCGCUGCUGGAGAUGGGUGUCAAGCUGCAGGAUAAGAAGAACCAGGCUCUAUGGCUAUGGACGACGCCAAAGAGAAAUAAGUGAAUCGGUUGGGCAUACGCCGUGUAUUGCCUUCUGGGCUUGUACACACGUAUAAAAUACAACUGUAAAAUGA